AUGACCGCGCACGAUAACAAGGAUUGCCUCUACGAAGCCGGCAAGAACACCCUCAUUGCCGGUUCGCUCGGUCUUGUUGUUUCUGCCAUGCAGAACACCGUACAAAAGCACAAGGAAGGCGCCAAAGGUGUCUUUACGAGAACUGGUGGCACCGUCGCGCUCUUCGCUGCAAUGGGUGGUAUUUUCUCCAUUACCGAAUGUGCUGCAAAGAGCGUUCGUGGUGAAGACGAUGCAGUGAACGCUGGUAUUGCCGGUUGUGCUGCUGGUUUGGCCGCCGGUGUCAAGACCCACUCGAUCGCCAAAAUGUGCGCUGCUUGUGCUGGUGUUGGUGCUACGAUGUUUGCAUACGAAUACUCUGGUGAAAUGAAGGGCGCUUUGUCAGGCAAGACGUUGCAGGAGCGAAAGGAAGUCAGAGAUUCGUUUUUCAAGGGCUACAAGAAGGCUGAAGAAGAAGCAUAA